GUCACCUGCAACCGCAGCCAGCACACCCUUCCUUCUCGUUCGCCUCCUAACAUGCCAAUUCAAUCACUAGCCUUAUCCUUAACCUACCAUGAGCCCGCUAUUGAUUGAUAAUGCGUCGCGUCAAGAAAUCCCGUAAUGGCUGUGCUAGGUGCAAGAGCAAACGGGUCAAAUGUGGAGAAGAAAGGCCUCACUGCAAUCGAUGCACCCGCUUAGGAGUUCACUGCCCUGGAUACGUCCAGUCGCUACGAUGGGUAACCAAAUACCCAGACCGCAACCCUGAUACGGCCCAUGAGACGACUUCCGAUGAAACUGCAGCUGAGCCAAGCGCUCAACCCGAUUCUCGACCUCCGGAUAACUCGGGUUCCCCCGAGAAUAUCGACCCCCAGACUCAGCCUUCAUUAACCGCUAACGAUGGCUCUUUCAAUCUCACAUCUCCUGACGCCCAGGUCGAGUCGAGCACGCUGGCACUGGGCGGCCCGCACGCUUUAUGCGAUGGCCUGUGGGAUUUACAACAAUCCGGUACACUUCCCGAGCUCGCGGAUCUAUGCAACCAGACUCCAACUUCUGCGUCGGGGCCAACUCCAGCGCCUCAAGACGGCUCGAUCUUCAAUUUCGGGUCACCCAACCACGCCGACGAUCCAUUUGGUCUAUCUUCCUUAGCAGCGCCUAUACUGCAGGAUGAGCCUCGCAGCUUCUCUGGAUUCUCGCCAUCUACCAUCGUACGCCAUUAUCCACCUCCCAACUCGAAAAUACCGCAACGAGACUUCACCUCGAUUUCACAGCCUCUAAAUAAUCCAUCAUGGACCCUCAUCGAAUACUAUUUCAAAGAAGUGGCGGCAUUGUUCUCGAGCUAUGACAGCCAAAUGAACCCCUUCCGAUCAACAGUGUCUCGGCUCUGGGGCUCAUCCCUCGCCAUGUGUCGGACCAUGCAGAGCAUGGCAGCGGCCACUCUCGUGAACGACUUCCCCGAGUUCGGACCGUUGGGCCGAAAGAUGCGCAACGAGGCCGUGGACAUCAUCAGCAAAGAAUCGAAUCUGGACGACAAGUCCCUGCUAGCACUCCUCAUGCUGGGCCAAACGGCAAGCUGGCACGAUUCCAAAGAUCUCGGCAUCUCGUUCUUCAAUCUACUACGGAACCACCUCGAUACAAGACCCGAGAAGAGCCCAACAACAGGCCGCGGCAACAACCAUCAAUUCUUCGAAGAGGCCUUGAUCUACUGGGAAAUGCUCCUGUCCUUUGUGGCCGACGAUUCCGCUGUCCUGUCCGGGGCCACGGCCGCAGGGCCCGAGGAAUCCCUCGUCCUACAGCGCGUGCCGCACCCGUGGACGGGGAUUGCGCGUGACACCCAAUUCACCGUCCAAGAGGUGGGACGGCUGGUGCGCCGCGAGAGAAGGCGGAUGCGCUGCCGCACCUUCACGUCCCACGCCGACGUCGCACAGGCGCAGCAGGCCAUCGAACGAGCAGAGGAACUCGAAGAACGACUGUUGGGACUCGCGCACCCAGCGGAGGCCGAGAUCAUCAGCCCCGGCGACGACGAGACCCCCGUGUGGCAUCUCCUCACCAUGGCCGAGGUCUACCGCUGGGUGGGGUUAAUGCAGCUAUACCGCGUCUUCCCCGAUCUGCUGCGUCGACGAUUACGUCCGCAGCGGGCCUCGGGCAGCAGCCCCACCAGCGCCGAGGAUGCGUCGUCCAUGGCCAUGAACAACCGCGAUCCCUUCCUGUCCCCCGCCUUCGGCAGCUCGCAGCACUGGUUCUGCGACCCUGCCCUUCUGCAUCCCAGCCCGGAAGCCCCCACCACGGCGCCGCCGUUCGAGCCCAUGCCCGCGCCCGCGUCGGCUUCCCAGUACGACACCUGGCUGACCGAACUCGCCCUCACCACCCUCUCGCGGCUGAAGACCAUCCCGCUCGAGUCCCGCACCCGGUGCCUGCAGCCAUUCCUCCUGGUCGCCUCGAGCAGCGAGCUCCGGCUCCCUCGACUGCCGCCCCUCGAAACCGACCUCGACAGCACCGGUCCGAAUAUCUCGGCCCACGCCAUCGAUGUCUCCCAGACGCGUCGGUUCAUUCUCGGCCGGCUCACCUCCUUCAUGCAUGUCCUGCCCCCGAAGCCCAUCGGCGUCUGUCUGGAACUGGUACGCGAGGUCUGGCGGCGGAUGGACGCCGGCGAACCGGAGGUGUAUUGGAUGGACGUCAUGAUGGAAAAGGGGUGGGAGACGACGAUGGGCUGACCUCAACUUACAAAAAAAAGGGAACACUUUGACGCAAGAACAUGUACAUAUAUACUUAUGAGAAUGAAUGC